AUGCCCUGCUUCAAAGGCCUGGCUGUGAGCAUUCACACGCCGACUGGGCCGCUGCCAGAAUACUCGGUGCAGCGGGCAUCCCGCCUCUCGAGGAUCAGUGCCUAUAUACCUGUCCCCCCUGCAAAAAUCCCUACCGACUCUCCCACCGCCAAACCGGAACAGUCGACCUUCGCAAUCUCCAUCACCCUCCUUACACCUAAUCAAGAAGUGCCGUAUUCGACUCCGAAAGCCACCAAAGAAAACCCUAACCCAAAACCCAGACUUGUCGCUGGUCUUCCUGGCCACACAAGCGAGCGCGGAAAGUACGCAGGCUCCGUUGGUCCCUAUGUCCCGUUAACAACAUCACCCAACGAAACUAUCGCAGCCUACAUAUACUUCGAUGGUCGAGCUAAGGAGGAAGUCGCGACACUACUGAGGAAGGGCGAGGAGACCUGGGUCAACUCGCGAUGGGUCAGCGUUCCAGAAAAAGAAGGCGGCGGUUUGGCCGAGCGGGAAUUUUUGUUCCGGGAAGUCGGUCUGGAACGAUGGUUGAAUGGUCUAGAUUUGGACGGAAAAGAUGCUGCCGCGACCAUUGAGAGACGAAGACAAAAGCUGGAAAAGAGACGGAGGAAACGAAAGGAGGUUGCUGGGAGUGAUGACGAAACCAACGGCAUCUCGAAGAAGGAGAGGCGCAAGAACACCAUGCGCUACGGUGAAGAUGGCGAAUUGAAGGAUGUAUCAGACGACGAAGGUUCAUCAAGCGAUACUGGCUCAUCCGACGAUGACGACGAUCCGAUCCCAGAAACAGCUGGCCAAAUCAAAGUUGCACUGUUUCGGGUGUUGGCGUCUGGAGAAAUCAAGCGUGGAGAGUACUCACCUCAGUUCGAUGCUCAUGAUGAUUCAGAAGGGGAGGAUGCUGGAGAAGGCAACGCCAACGGCAAAGCAGAUGUCGACCAUACCACCAGUUUUGCUAAGCCAAAGACGCUGGAUCCCAAGACCAUCUCAACCCAGACAGUCACCGGCAUCGACCCUACCGACAAACCAUAUGCUGUCUUUACAUUCCUCUAUCGAGGAGAACGGCAACUGCAGAAGAUGGGCAUCCUCCCCGGGGCGAAAGCCGACAAAGCAGCAGCCAGCGCGAAGAGACGCAGUCUAGCUGCGGAUUUGCCCAAGCUGGGACCCCUCAAGAAAGAGGGUACUGCUGGCUUCACAACCUUCCGUGACUCCGAAGGGCGACGCAAAUCGAAAACCAAAGGUGCAAGUGAUGAUGACAUGGAGAGUGAAAGCGACGAUGAUGGUGGAGCUAACAUCAUCGGAAAGAUGGAGGACAUCAAUGAUGCGGAUGCACAGAAUGAUCCCAGCUUGCUUUCCCCCGAAGACGCUGAACGGACUGGUAAAGUGGCAGAAGGCAUCCGCAAAAUGAAGCUCAAGCGACAGCACUCGGCCGAGCCCCUCAAUAGCAAUGGCGUGACGGAGCCGCGGAAAAACUCCAAGUCCGGUAGUCCUUCAGCCGCCUCGACGCCCAAAGUUGCCACUGAUGAGCUUGGGACAUCUCCAAGGGGCACGGCCACUGGCUCAGGCGGCUUGAGCACAAGUCUCGAAGUCACAAAGGAAGACGAAAGCUUCAUGGUUGGUAGCCCAAUGAAGCGGCAACGCGCAAGUGUUGCAGAGUUCGAUCUCGACAUCAAAAACCGAUUGGGCAGCGGCCUGUCAGCAUCUUCGGGCACGAUUGGCGAGGUUUUGGGAUCGUCUGGAACAGAUCAGCCCAACAACGCCACCAGUCCAAAUCCUUCUGGUCUACAGUUUGGAGGGGCCUUGGUUAAGGAACCUAAAGCUGACGACGAUGAGGAGUUGUAA